AUGUCAGCGGAUUGUGAAAUAAUGGCCGGAGUUGCAAAUUCCUGGUAUCUACGAUUCUCACUAAUUUAUUCUCUAUUAUCCUCAAUUUUAUGUACACCUUGCGCACUUUAUUGUGUUUAUCGCAUUUGGAAAAGUUCAAGAUUGCAUUUUAACACAAAAUCAGUUUUUAUGUCUCAUACUGUAGCUGUUAUUAUUCAUUGUGUCAGUAGGUACAUGAAAAAAACAACUGAAUUUUAUAUUUUUAACUCACACGAUUUUUUUACAGAUCAAUACUCCACUUUACGGAUCUUUACUUCUACUUUAGUGCCUGGGCAUCAGCAUGUCAAAUUCUACCAACAGAAAAUCGAUGCCUAUUUCGAAAACCUUAUAAAUAUACUCAAUUUAUGGUUGAGACUUCAACAAUAUUUUUAACAGUUGAACGAGUUGUUGCAACAAUUUCAAAUAAAUCUUAUGAGCACAGACUACAAUGGAUCGGGUUUAUUCUAAUUUUAGCGCAUGUACGUAAUUAGGGUUUAUCAAAAUUGAUAGUUUUCUUUUUGUUUUCAGAAUAUUUUGGCUUUGUCAUUUGUAGAAAUACUAUCAAUUGGAAAUGAUACAUCACAAAUAUCAUAUUAUUGCGCUGUUUCGAAUGCAGCUUUUAACAUACAGAAAAUCAUACCUGAUAUAAUUAUUUUCACACUACAAUCAUUCACAUUUUAUAUUUCAAUCAAAAUGAUUCGAAUGAACGAAAGAUAUCAGAAACAAUUUCAAAUCACACAUUCCUUAAGUCAACGAUACCAAAUAAAAGAAAACUUGAGGUAUCGAAGAAUAUUACGAAACAAUACAUAUCCUAAACAGCAUUUUUCAGAACUAUAGCAACAUUUAAAGUAACUUGUUUAAUAACUGCGAUAUAUGUACUUUCAAGUGGAUUAGCCUCAAUUAUAUCCAAUAUAUUGUUUCUUGAUGCUUCGCUUGCUGUUAAAUAUGGAAAUGUUGAACUAAUUCAAUGUAUUCCAACAUAUUAUAUAAUUCUUAUUUAUGUAUUUUUCAAAGUUGACAACAAAGUAAGCCUAGAAUUAAAUUUAGUUUUGUGUUUGUUUCGAAAUAUCAAUAAUCAAACUAGAUAUUAUGUAUUUCAGUAUCUUCCAUCCAAAGUUUUUCAAAUAGUUCGUCAUCAACCAGAAAACCACUUUUCUGGUCUUCAAAAACAUUUCGACGACGCCUUCUUCCAUAAACGAAAAAUGUGA